AUGAACCUAGUUCAACGCCUCACCGGCUCUUCCUCCGCCGCGGCCUCCUCCUCCUCCUCCAAUCCUUUCACCGACGAUCCCGGCGCGAUGUCGCCAGCAGCCAGGUACGCGACGAUUGAGAAAGCGAAGUCCCCCAAGGAUAAGGGGAAUUCAUCGAUUUAUCCGCAGGGUGGGAAUGGGGAUUUGGGGGAUUUCUUUAUGGAAGGGGUAGAAAUGGGUCAAGCUUGUUGCCGCCAGGGAUACUGUCUCCGGGACCGGCUUCCCUGCCGCCGAUAUCCUCGAGCUUCUUCUUCGAUGAUGGGAUUCAAAAGAAUCGAUUUGGAUUCUGACGAUUACCCGAUUUGGGAUUUUGAUUUUCAAUUAACCUCAUUCUCUGGGUUCCGGCCAUAG